AUGGAUUUCUAUUUCAACGAACAUUCACUUGACGAAGAAGAUGUUAUGCAAGCUAUGACAGCAGUCAAUGACAAUAUUAUCGACUAUUCUCAUACUGAAAAUUGGAAAUUUGAUUUCAAUGAGAAAGAUGUUGAAAAAAUAAAGAAUGAUCCGUUUUGUUCGAUUCUAGAGCACAUCUAUAAGCAGUUAUCACCAAAAGAUCUUUUAAAUGCAUCACUUGUGUCCAAAAACUGGUACAAUUUAAUCGGAAAGCUUAACACUUUUAAUCGACUUAAAUUAACUUAUUUUACAAGCGACUAUGAUCCAAAAUCUGAUGAAUACUAUAGUGCGAUUAAAAACAGCUCACGAAUUUACGAAAACAUAGAUAUAACUCUUUGGAACCAUGAAAAGGACAUCAAAAUUACAGAGCAGAUCAUUUUCAAAUAUUCAGCAUUUCUAAAGUGCCUUAAAUUGAUUAAAUUCGGAGGCUUCAAUUCAAUGCUUAAUGAACCACUUGACUUGCCAAAUCUAGAGGAACUUGAAGUGCAUGUUGCAAGUGGAAGAUUGAACUGGAAGUUCUUUGAAAACGUGACGACGUUAAAGAAACUAUCAAUCAAUGGAAUCGAGUCUAAAGGCUUUACAAAAGUCUUGAACAAAAAUAAUAAUCUACAGGAACUAACGUUCUAUGAGAAUGCAUUUAUAUCUUAUUUUAUUAAAGAUAUAUCAAUAAACAUCAAGUCACAGUUGAAGUCAUUAAAGAUUCUUGAUCAUAAUAAACAAAUUAAUUUGAGAUUAAGCGGUGAAUUUCAUGCAAAUGUUUGGUCAGAGAAUCAACGAAGCAACUUCUACAGAUUACUUUUAACUCAAAAUUCACUGAGAGCAUUACAUCUGGAUGUGUGCUAUGCUGAGGAUCUUGAUAUAAUUUUUACAAGACCAUCACUUAAACUUCUAGAGAUUAACAAAGUAAUUGGCAAUUUCCCAACACAACUUCCUUUAUCAAACAUUCAAAGCUUCAUGACAAGAACUGAGGAAAUGGAUUAUGCAACAAUUGAAAAAAUUCUGAUGUUACUUCCAAAAUUACAAUCGGUGUAUAUUUAUCAACUGUCAAUUGAAGUAUUUUUUAGACUUCUUGGACAUCAGUUUUUACAAAAUUUCCAUUACUUUUGGGCAUCAGAAGAAGAUUAUGGACGUCUAAUCUGUUUAAAGACUUACUAUUCUGGAUCCAUUUAUGUCACGCGAUCAACAAAGGAUGAGUUUAUUAACUUAUUUUGUUAA